GGAUGGAAUGUGUGCAAUUGGAUAAUGUCACGACAUUCACAUACUGUCUGCAGUUCUCCGAAAAUGUCGAUCACGUACCCGGGAUGACAGUAAAGGCACAGGAAGGUGCGCAGGGACACAUGUGGGAGGCUCAUCACUAACGCAUAGGCCACCAACACAUGCAGCUGCCGGAUCAGGCAGCGGGUGAGCACCGUGAGUUCCCAUUACUGACACGCCUUUUUAAGCUGAUCGAUAAUGCAGCAGUCGAUUCGUGUCAGCGAGUUUACAAAUACAAAGCGCCAGGGCAGUCCAAAUUAGUUGAGAUUAGUAGUAUAAAUUAAUCAAGAAACAAGUAACGAGGCGUUCGCAGAUCGGCAGGGACGUGUGUCACACAGAUCAGUGUCCUUGCCCGACACUGUGACUGUUCCAACAGCCAGUGCUCCCUAACGCCAACACUCUUCCAUGCUGUUCGGAGCCAGAAUGUGGAGUCAUGCUGCGAAUUCAUGCUCUGGUUAAAAAUAGUCCUUUCUGUGCCGUGACGACCUCAUCAGAAUUAGCAACCCCGUCAGAAGUGUGUAGAGAGCAGGGAGAGAGAGGGCAAGGAAUGAGAGAGCGGCGAACCGAUGUCCAGUGAAUGUUCUGCGGUCAAUAAUAUUUGGAGAAGUUCCCAUUUCAGCAAUUUGCCCUGACACAAUGCUCUCCAGAAGUGCAGAGACCCGAACAAAGAUGAACCCUGAUGGUGACUACGUUACUCCAGGAGCUUUUGAACUGGAACGCCUUUUCUGGAAGGGCUCUGCAAAAUUUGCUCACGUCAAUGAAGUCUGGCCGAACAUUUACAUCGGAGAUGAAGAAGCAGCACUGGACCGGUAUGCCGUGGAAAAGAUGGGCUUCACUCACAUCCUAAAUGCAGCCCAUGGUCGCUGGAACGUGGACACAGGGGAGGAUUACUACAGAGACAUGCCUGUUGAUUACUACGGUGUGGAGGCUGCAGACCUGACAACUUUCGAUUUGAGUAAAUUCUUCUACCCUGCUGCCCAGUACAUUGACAGAGCUCUAAGAAAACCCAGCUCCAAGAUCCUGGUCCACUGUGCUCGGGGUCGGAGCCGUUCAGCUUCUCUUGUGCUGGCGUACCUGAUGAUCUAUAAGGACAUGACAGUGGUAGAUGCUGCUCAACAAGUUCUUAAGCACCGGUGCAUUUUACCAAAUCGCGGCUUCCUGAAGCAACUGAGAGCACUUGAUGUGGAGCUGGUGAUGGAAAGAAGCAUCAUGAAGAAUGGAGCCAGCACAAAUAGAAAUGGGAAAGAAAGCUGUUAACAUUGUUUUCAGAAUUGUUAUGUGGAAAACUACACUGAGCUAUACAUAUAUUUCUGAUAUUCAGGGAACUCUUCAAUAAAUUGAGCAGAUUAAUUGUCCCUGCCAUGAGCAUGUUACUGACCCUGAGAUACACAUAAUUACAAAGAUGGAAUUACAGGCAAAUAAUAAGACAACCCCAAGAAGAAAUUCUUAAUUUUGAGAAUGCAUUCACUAAUUUAACCUACAUGUCAAUAUUAAACCACAGUAACAAGUUAUAGUCCGAAGUUUCAAACACACACCAGUAAUAAUCCAGUGUAAAUUUAACAUUGGGAUAUAUAACUCCAAUUUACACAAAGAACAAUACAGCAGUCAAACAUGUAGAGACUUGUUGGCAUCACUGGGGGGAAUGAACACCUGAAUUAUGGAGGACGCAAAUUUUCCAUAACCACACGUCGUCACCAAUUUGGCAGGCACUGUAGGGGGAAAAAAACCAUGCAAAUGAAGAUGUGGGAAGUCAGUUUUCCUUAAAAUAGCUUGUAAUUUAAAAAAAAACAUUCAGUGAAGAUAUAGCACCUUCAUGGUAAAACACGGUGAAAAUAGUUUCAUAAUGCAGUAAAUGCCUUACUCACAGUUAGCCAUACCAAAUGCACUGCAAGUAAGCUAAGUGAGGGUUGAGUCCUUUUUGAGACCCACACUUUCUCCAGUGGAAUGUUUGUCUUGAGUAUAAUCUGAGUACUGUUAAUCCCAUGGAAUGGAGAAUUAUAAAGACUUACAAUUCUCUAAGACUUAAAUUCUUCUCAUUUCAGCCACACAUGGCUCAUCUCUAUCCUUUCACUGUCAUCCUUAGUUGUCAAUUGGCUACCUGGAGGAAUCCACCAUACAGUGCUUACUCGGUCCAUACCUCUCAGUACUAAUGAGAUCACCUUUGAGAUUAGGCCCAUCUUCCCCAGUGUUUUUUUGAGUCUGCUUCUUUUCCCUAAUUCAAUCAAAUCUAUAUACAGCAUUAACUUUUAAGUCAAAUAUGCCCAUCUCUUGGUACAGAGAGGCUAAAACAGUGUUCAGUUCUCCGAAUGAAAUCUCCCAAAGCUCGUAAAGCUGCAAUAAGACUUACUUUCCUUUGUACUGCCAGCCCACGUGAUUGGUGUCCUCAACAGUUAACACUGAAGUCAAAGGAAACAUCAUCUUUGCAAAUGUUUGCCAACAUGCAUUUCAAUGAGAUUGCCUCUCAGGUUUCUAGCUCAAAAUAGCAUGUGCACAGUCUGUUUCACCUCUCUUUAUAAACUAAACUUCCCAUCCCAGGAAUCAAUCCUGUCGAACCUUUGUUCAACUCACUCAACUGCAAAGAUAUUCUUCUUUCAACAGUGAAACCAGACUUGUACAGUGUUUCAAUGAAUUCAAAUCCUCCUCCAACUAAGCUCAACAUACUGUUUUCUUCUUAAAUGUAGGCUUAAACUGCUUUUUAACAGUGAUUUGUAUUCAAGAUGCCAACUCCCUCAGAACACACCAUCUAAACAAUGUAUACAUUUUAAAAAAUCCUUUAUGCUUUCUACCAGUGUCGAUGACCUCACAUUUUUGCACAUAGGCCAGGGGCUCCCAAUCUUUCUUAUACCAUAAACCCCUACCAUUAACUGAGGGGUCUAUGGACCCCAGGUUGGGAACCCCUGCCAUUUAGUCAUAGCAAACUAACAGGCCCUUUGGUCCAUGCCAAACCAUUAACUUGCCUAGUCCCAUCAACCUGCACCUGGACCAUAGCCCUCCCAUCCUUGUACUUACCCGUAACUUCUCCUAAAUGUUGAAAUCAAGCCCGCAUCCACCACUUGCGCUGGCAGUUCAUUCCACACUCUCAGCACCCUCUGAGUGAAGAAGACCCCCCUCACAUUCCCUUUAAACAGUUCACUUUUUACCCUUAAGCCAUGACCUGAUGGUAGUUUCACCCAACUUCUGUGGAAAAAGCCUGCUUGCAUUUACUUUAUCUACGCCCCUCAUAAUUUUGUAUACCUCUAUCAAAUCUCCUCUCAAUCUUCUAUAUUCUAGGGAAAAAUGUCAUAACCUAUUCAACCUUUCCCUCUAACUCAGGUCCUCAAGUCCAGGCGACAUUCUUAUAAAUUUUCUCUGCACUCUUUCAAUCUUAUGUAUAGCUUUCUUUUUAGCUUGGCUUCACACAAUACUCAAAAUUAGGCCUCAGCAAUGUUUUAUACAGUUUCAACAUAACAUCCCAACUCCUGUAUUUAACCACAUUUACCCCCCUUGAAACCCUGGUGCAUCUUUCUCAUUACCCAGUUU